AUGGCAACCGCAUCAUCACCUCGUCGAUCGACCACGUUCGUCUCGAAUCAUCCUUCAACUUGGGACAGGCCUUACAGCAGCGGUGUACCAGCACCAGCUGUGGCUGUUCCCAUCUUCCGUGCUGCUCAUGCCACCAAUGUCUCCGUCAGACAUACCAACGCAGCGCAUCUUCCCGACUCUCCUCCCGAUACCCCGCCGCAUUCGCCCGGCCUGCAUCCCGUCCGCCUCCCUACUUUCAUCGAAGCACGAUCCAUCUCGCAGCCGCAGCGAGUGUCACCAACGAGGCCCUCUGACAUCUACCAGCGACCGUCAAACAGCUGGAGUCGCUCAUCCGCUAGUCAGCAACGCGACGCAGACGACUCGAUCGACGCCAUCUACACUGGCCAAACACCUUGCGACAGCGAACUGGAAAGCGACGCCGAAUCCGACGACUCGGACGCCUCCCAAGCCACGAUUGACCAGCUCACCCAGGCAGCACAGUCGCUACUUCUUCACGCCGAAGCGAAUCGCACCAAGUCACAGCAUCCAUAUGCUCAGGAAUCCGGUGUCUCCGCACAUCGAAACGGUCUCAACAUCGAGCUCAUGCCCGCUACGCCCGAGAUCAGUCCCGACAACGACGUUCGCCAUCACGCAAAGAAGUCCGCCCACGCCUUCCUUCACCGUGUCUUCGCCGACGUUCCUCGCAACCUUGCCGUCGAGGACGCUGGCGUUGAACUCGUCAGUCCUGGCUGGAGUGGCGCCGUCAUCAAGUCUGGACCUGCCGGUCCUGUCCAAGCUUCCACCUCGUUCUCCUCCACCAGCAGCAGCGACAGCUCGGCCGACACGCAGCGCACGCUUUACGUCAGCAUGCCACCCGUCGUCGAUGCUACGCUGCUCCGGGAGCAAGUGCUCGCUGUACUCGAUGCUGCUAGCGAGAAGCUCGGCUGCGACUCCGUCAUGGUCUGCCUCAACAAGGCCAUGCGCGACUUUGCGUCUGUUCUGCAUGGGCUCUGCUAUGUCGGUGGUGCACUCGUUGCCGCUGCGAAAGGCGCGGAGCAGUUGGGCUGUGAUAAGGUGCCCGACACGGAUCCUAGUUCGGGCUUGCAGCUCAAGUCAGAUCUUGUGCUCGUCGCUAUCGAGUUGUAG